UUUACCGGUAGUAGAUUCAAAGGGUCAGGGUUCGACGUGUGAAUGUCUAAACGCCUUCGGGAUUUUUAUUAGUGUACUAACAGUACUUACCACGAGUAGUGCCCUCAAUAUAGGGAGAAACGAGGCGUUUGUGAUUGAACCAUGAUGUGACGUAGCAGCACCUGAUUAAAGAAAUGAAAGUUGGUGAGCAGCGUAAUUCCGACCAGCGAUAACAACUAAGGUGUAUAUUGUAUCCUGUAAUGUUUAGGAGAGUGAUGGUACAUGGUGCUGCAGUUUGGAAAUCAUCUCUAAUUCCCACCAAGAAACAGACCAUUUCACCUGCACUUGAUUUUGCUGAAGAAAUCAAAUAUUUUGGCAAGCAUGUCCCGGCAGUUGCAUGCACGAAGGCUUGAAAACGUGGACAAGAAUGUGUGGCUGGAAUUUACGCAGCUAGCUGCUGAGUAUAAUGUAGUGAACUUGGGACAAGGAUUCCCUGAUUUUUCUCCUCCAAGCUUCCUCUUGGAGUCUCUCUGCAAGGCCAUCAACGGAGGAGCAGCCAUGCACCAGUACACACGAGCCUUUGGCCAUCCACAUCUUGUCAAGAUCCUUGCCAAAUUCUUUGGGAGGAUGUUGGCCCGUGAAAUAGACCCCAUGAAGGAGAUACUGGUUUCUGUGGGAGCCUAUGGGAACCUUUUCUGUGCUUUUCAGGGUCUGGUUGAUGAGGGUGAUGAAGUGAUCAUUGUGGAGCCUUUCUUCGACUGCUAUGAAUCCAUGACACUAAUGGCAGGAGGAAAACCCGUCUUUGUUCCUCUGAAACCUCAAAAGGUCACCGGUCCAGCUCUGUCUAGUGCUGAUUGGGUGUUAUGUCCUGAAGAGCUAGCCAGUAAAUUUAACUCUCGUACAAAGGCUAUCAUCAUUAACAAUCCUAAUAAUCCCUUAGGCAAGGUCUUUCAGAGGGAAGAGUUGCAGAUGAUCGCUGACCUGUGCAUGAAGCAUGAUGUUAUUUGCUUCAGUGAUGAGGUGUAUGAAUGGCUUACAUAUGAUGGUGUACAACAUAUUAAAAUAGCCAGUCUUCCAGGCAUGUGGGAGCGUACAAUCACAGUUGGCAGUGCAGGCAAGACCUUCAGUGCUACAGGAUGGAAGGUGGGCUGGGCUAUAGGGCCGGGACACCUAAUGAAACAUCUUCAAACUGUCCAUCAAAAUUCCUUAUACCACUGUCCCACUCUUACUCAGGAGGCUGUCGCUGUGGCUUUUGAGAGAGAAUAUGAACUGUUUGGCACAAAGGAAAGCUACUUCAAACAGCUACCCACAGAGCUGCAAGAAAAACGGCUCAAAUUAGCUGAGAGUCUGAGGAGUGUAGGGCUACAACCCAUCCUGCCUGAGGGUGGCUACUUCAUGAUCACAGACAUUUCCUCCCUGAAGGUUGACUUGAAUGACCCAAACUCCAAGGACGAACCGUACGACCACAGAUUUGUCAAGUGGCUUAUUAAAGAGAAGCGUUUGGGUACUAUCCCUGUAUCUGCAUUUUACAGCCAAGAAAGCCAAGCACAGAUUCAGAACUACAUCAGAUUCUGCUUCGUAAAGGAUGAUGCUACCCUCAAAGCAGCUGAAGAUAUUCUGUGGCAGUGGAUGAAGGAAUGAAAUGAAAUAAAAUGAUUCUGUCCAAAAUGAGCUUUGCGAGUCAGAUCAGUAUGGAAGAAUCGUGUUUUAUUUUAACUGUGCAUUAAUUAAACUAAUUAAAUUAGGUUUUUUUCCCCUC